ACAGAACUCACAGAUCAUACUCAUAAUUAUGGGGUUUAUUAGGGAAGUAACAGGUUACAAUUCAGGAUCAGGAUCAACUUGGAAGUAACAGAAACAACUCAGGAUACAGUUCUUUGAUCAGAACAGCUUCUUCUCAGACAUGCCUGUAGGCAGGCCUCUGCCACGGGCCCUGCUCGGGCCUGGCUUUUGCCCUGCUCCAGCAAGUGUUAACAGCUCUUUAGCUCCACCAGUAAGUGCCCACAGGCACCCUACUCCGCCAGGAAGCCUCCUGCCCUAAGGCACUCAGCUCUCUUGCUCUGUGUGUCAGCGAGCCCACUGCAGCUACCUCACGCCGUGUGCCGGGAAGUCCACCACAGCCGUCUUGUGCUGGUCUCCUGGUUCUCGCCCCUUGCACUCUCUAACACCGUCUAGCACUGUCUUCAGUGUUACAGCUCUCUCUGUCUUCUGGGUCUAGGAGGUUUUCAGUGCAGGGUCCUAGGGUCCAAAGGACAUGCUUUGCCCCUGGCUCUUCUUCUUGAUGGUAGUGAGGUUUCCCCUCAACUUGUGGGACUGGCUCUUUUUAAGCCUAUUGGGAUGGCAAAACUGACCAAUUCCCUUGGUGGGCCACAGGCACCUUGUUUGCACAGUCCCACUCAAUCAUUUUGUGGGAGUUACAAGACCAUGGCCAGAAAGGUCAUAUAAAAAGAGAAGCACAUUGCCCUGCAACUAAGAAGAAAGGAUAUUUUAUCCCCAAGUGUAUGAAACAGAGUAGAUAUCAGUAAUCCUGUUUUACAGUGAAAAGACUGAGAUACAGAGAGGUAAAAUGACUUUCCUAGGGGCCUAAUAGACAGCCCAUGAAGUGAUUCCAGUACACCACCCCUUAUCUCAGGCAGCCAUCUUUUACCCUUUUUGUGAGUGUAAAACUAUUCAAGGCAGCCUCUCUCUUAAAAGAAAUUCUCCCUUCCCAUCCCUUUCUUUUUAAUUGACCAACAUUUUGUUGGGGGGGCAGGAGGGGUGGGUUUCCACUUGCAGAAAAAUUUUCCAGGGGAAGCAGGGAUCCAAUGUGCAAAUGAGCCAUUUGGUUACUAAACGGAAACCUACAGGGUUUGAGCUGUCAUGUUUGCAGAGUGGCCCAGCCCAUUGUGACAUAACUUAAGGGACAUUCUUUAAGAGUUACCUCUUCGGCUGUGGAAAACCUAGCUGGUAUUUUAGUUGUUUAAUGCUGUAGAAAAAUGGUGAUCUCAUCUUGAACUAAUGGAGUGCUUUUAAGGUUCCCAUUGAUAGUCGCCUAGAAUCAUAAAGUUAAAGAGUUUAUAAUAUUAUAUAAAUUGAGAAUCCAGAUUCUGUCACCACAUAUAAUUAAUUAGUGGCAGAGCAAGAACUCCAGGUCACAUAACUGUCAUUUUCAUACUCUUUCUUCUCUGUCCUUACAUGUUUCCCUAAAGCAGGUGAUAUACUGACUUGUUCUUUUGUAAGUAGAGAAACCAUCUAAAGUGUUAAAAGUGACUCAGAGGCACCUAGCCACAGGUAAAGUGGAGUUAGAAAACCCUGGACAGUUGUGUACCUACUAUUUACUGCCUCCUCUAAGUCAGUGAAAACAUGAUCUAUGAACUGGAAGUCCAUUUUUGGAAAGAUUUGAUUUAGGGAUAUUUUGAACUUCUGUUGUUGAGCUCCUUUUCAAAAUGGUAUAUUCUGAAUAUGAUUGCCACCUCAUCAUAUUGUCAUAUUUUUAAUCCCAAUUUGCUCUAACAUCUUGUUUAUUGUUAUGCUCCCAUUUGUAGGAGAGGUGAGAAAUGAAGUUAGUUGCCUGUCACAACAUGACAGCUUCACUGUGGUUUAAGUAUACAUUGGAUCAAAUUAUGUUCCCCAGACAUAAUAUACCAGUCCUUUUUGCUGGGUAGUCUGUGGUUCAUCUUUAAUAUAAAUUCUCUUUAAAUUCUUCAGCAGCUGUGUUUUGCACAGCUACUGAUUUUAGAGGUGGGGAAAUUAAGUCCCUGAAAACUGUCUUCUCAUAGAUGUUCUUUAAUAAUGGGUUACUUAAUUUAGCUCAGAGCCAAAGAGAUUUAGCAUUACCUGCUUACCAUUCUUUUACACUAACAUCCUCUUGAAUGAAAUAUAGAUGAAUUUGUAAAAUUCACUUGCCUUCAUUUGACUGAAAUUGGCUUCAGCUUCGGAUUCAUCUUUUGCCCGUUACUAUGCUGAGACAACUAAGCUUUCUUUAUGGUUAGUUUAAAAUGACAAUUUCAGAAUUUAGCUGCAUUAUCGUUCAUUUAACUUGAGCCUUGGCUGUAUCAUCAGUAUAUGUCAUAUCCGUAAAAUGGGGGAUAAAGGAAGGAGGGAAGUCCUUUGUGUAAAAGCAUUUUCCUCAGCUGUUCCUCCUUGAUGCUGGAGGUUUGGUGCCUGGCAGGAAAUGAUAUAGACAUGUGUGAUAACAAAGUGACAUGAGGAGGAAUUGCCUUUAAGGUUCCCUGGCUUGUCUGGGAUGAUUGGCUGUCAGCUGGCAGAUAGGUUAAAGCUGAUUUGAUCUCCAAAUCUGAGGAUUAACAAAGUAAAACUUAGAACAUUGAGAUGGUGGAAAAACCCUAUUUUGAGAAAAGUUUGGGCAAAGGCAAGUGGUAUGGAAAUUAGUAGACGUGUAAAUAGACUUCUUUUAUUAUGCCUCAUCUGAGAGUCUUAAAGCAUUGCAAUUUGUUAGAGGGAAGGAUCUGGCGUAAGAGUCAGGAGGUACAAAGAAAAAAAAUGUUCUUUAUGAGUGUGAGGAAUUUGCACAUAUCAAAGCAUUUCUAUCUCUGGUUUUUCUUACAAUUUUAAUUUCUUUAUGGAGUAAAUUUUCCAUCUGCCACAGAAAGUAAACUAAACAAUAUCUCCCGAGGUAUCUCUCCUUCAUUCCCAUUACCUCAGAUCAGACCACCCUUCUCUCUUGCCUGGAAUUCUACAGUAACUUAUUUCCCUGCUUCCAAGCACAUCCUCUUUCAGUCCAUGCUCCACACCAUGGUUGGGGAAAUCUUUCUGAAAGUACAGACACUGGCUGUCUGUUAUCCUUAGGAUAAACCCAAAUUCCUUGCCAAGCUAUAUAAGACCCUUUGGGAUCUGUGCCCUGCUUACCUCUCCCCAUGUUUAUUGCAUCCCUCCCUCCACUGUUUCACCAUACAGUAUGAUUGAAGUUUGCACAUGCUGCUGGCUCUACCUGAAACAUCCUUUCUUCUCCCUCUCAGGCUCCUUUCACCUGGCUAAUACCUACUGGGCUCCAGGACAGCUUGCAGAAAUGGCCUUCUCUGGAGGAAGAACUAUAUCUCCAAGAAGGGCAGGCCUGAGUGUUGACCUAACCUGCUGCUGUAAAUCCCUGGGACUUGCCUGCCUCCCUGCUCUUCUGGAGAGGGCAGCAAGUGUAUUUGGCUUAUUGUUUAUUCAGUCCUCUGCUUGAAUAUCACCUGUUGCAGAGAGGUCUUUCCUGGCUACUCUACCCUGUUGUUCUUUAGCCUCUUACCCACUGUUUUCUUCAGAGCAUUUAUCACUACCUGACAUUUUACAUAUUUUUGUCUCCCUGCCUUAACCCCCACUAAUCUGUUGGUUCCUUGAGAACAUGGACUUUUAUGAAAGUUGACUGUAUGUUCCCAGUGCCUAGAAUAGACCUGCCACAUAAUAAGCUAUCAGUAAAUAUUUGUUGAAUGGAACCUAUGAUGCAUUCUUGAAAAGUAGCUUCCAAACUCGACUAGGUUUCAAAAGCAGCUGGAGCACUUAAAAAAUUUACUACUGAAUUAGAAUCCUUGGGAUAGGAUCUGACAUUCACAUUUCAAAACCACUAUUAGAUUAUGUAAGUACAUAAGGAACAGGUACCAUCUUCUGUUUGGUGUGCAUUAACUUUGAGUUGAAAUCGUCAUCUAGUUGAUAGUUUGGUUUCUCUGUGGUAACUUUCUACUUUGGUUGUUUAACCAGUGGGAAAAGGUAGGUUGUGUGAGCUCUGUGGAAUUAACUAAGAGAUUAUAUUAGUAGUUCGGGUAGCUUUAUCCCAACAAGUUUGUAUCAACCUAUAAAUUAUGAGCUCCAUUGUCAUUCAGGCAAUGAGAGGCACAUAUAUGGGACCUAGAAGAGGCUACUAUGCUUGAGCAAGAGAUUUUUAAAGUCUAUUGUAGUUAACUCAUUAUGUAGGGCAAAUGUAGGGCAGUAACCCAUACAACACACCCAAUUUCUCAGGAAAGGGAACUUCAAGACAGAACACCAGAUAGAACCUUGGAAGAACUUCACAAGUAAGUUGAAAGUUCUGUUGCAAGUAGAAGUUCCCCACUAGCACCAGGCUUGUUAGAAGUCUACAAACAAAACCAAGUGAGGCAGCCUCUCCCUGUGGUUUCUGCUGCAGAGGAAGAAGACAUAUGGGCUUUGUCACCUGCCAGGUGAGCACCAAAGAAGAGGUUUUAUAAUGACUUUGAUAUAUUCUCUGAAGUAUGCUUGAGCCUUCAGCAUCCCUGUUGUCAUUUUCAGGUUACAUUUAUUAAGCACUCUAUACAUUACACUGGGCUAGAAAGCAGUGUGAGUGGCACCCUCCCUCCGUUGCCUUACAUGCAAAAGCAAACAGUAUAGGCAUAGGGCUGUUUAUCUAAUGAAACAUAAAUAAAGUUUAACACACACCAAAGCAGGGUGCUAGGGCAAAUGAACAAAUGUAUUAUCUUUGCUUUUACAUGCAUUUCUCUAUACACAAUAAUCUUUUUUUUUUUUUUUUUUUUUGGCAUUGGAACAAGAAUGGAGGAGUUAUGCCCUAUCUUUUCUACCACAGGGGUGGGAUAUCACUGCACAUAACUGAGUGGUGCUGCUGACCAAAAACCUUAAUCACUUGAGUAAAGAAUAUAGUCAGUUUGAGUCCUCUUUGUUUGAGUAGUAGACAUUGCUGAUGGCAAAGCAUUUUUGGGCAGGGGAGUAGGUCAUAAAUGAGGAAGUUUAUCUAAGAAACUCUGUGUUUCUCACCCCUGAGGGUUCUGAUUGUUGGUUUCUUCACAGCUCACUUUUCUCUCAGGCCCCACCCCAUACUGCAGAGAAGAACUUGUUGACGGCAGCUCGACUUUUUCAAGUCUUGCACGAAGGCAGAUGUCUCUGAAAAUGCAGCUUACGCAAAACAUCUGUGUGCUUGACUCUGUUCCCACGCAUCAGCGAGAGCUUUCUAACUGUCAAAGGUGCUGCCCUUUUUCUACCACGGGGAAAUGGAUCGUCCACACCAAGAAUCAGCCACAGACGCAACAAGCAUGCAGGCGAUCUCCAACAGCAUCUUCAAGCAAUGUUCAUAUUACUCCGCCCAGAAGACAACAUCAGGCUGGCUGUAAGACUGGAAAGUACUUACCAGAAUCGAACACGCUAUAUGGUGGUAGUUUCAACUAAUGGUAGACAAGACACUGAAGAGAGCGUUGUCCUAGGAAUGGAUUUCUCUUCUAAUGACAGUAGCACUUGUACCAUGGGCUUAGUCCUGCCUCUCUGGAGUGACACCCUAAUUCAUUUGGAUGGUGAUGGUGGGUUCAGCGUAUCAACAGAUAACAGAGUUCAUAUAUUCAAACCUGUAUCUGUGCAGGCAAUGUGGUCUGCACUGCAGAGUUUACACAAGGCUUGCGAAGUGGCCAGAAUACAUAACUACUACCCAGGCAGCCUGUUUCUAACAUGGGUGAGUUAUUACGAGAGCCAUAUCAACUCAGAUCAAUCCUCAGUCAACGAAUGGAAUGCUAUGCAGGAUGUGCAGUCCCACCGGCCAGACUCUCCAGCGCUCUUCACAGACAUACCAACUGAACGUGAGCGAACAGAAAGGCUAAUUAAAACCAAACUAAGGGAGAUUAUGAUGCAGAAGGAUUUGGAGAACAUCACAUCCAAAGAGAUAAGAACGGAGUUGGAAAUGCAAAUGGUGUGCAACUUGCGAGAAUUUAAGGAAUUUAUAGAUAAUGAAAUGAUAGUGAUCCUUGGUCAGAUGGAUAGCCCUACACAGAUCUUUGAGCACGUGUUCUUGGGCUCAGAAUGGAACGCCUCCAACUUAGAGGACUUACAGAACCGAGGGGUGCGGUAUAUCUUGAAUGUCACUCGAGAGAUAGAUAACUUUUUCCCAGGAGUCUUUGAGUACCAUAACAUCCGGGUAUAUGAUGAAGAGGCAACAGAUCUCCUGGCCUACUGGAAUGACACUUACAAAUUCAUCUCUAAAGCAAAGAAACACGGAUCUAAAUGCCUUGUGCACUGCAAGAUGGGGGUGAGUCGCUCAGCCUCCACUGUGAUUGCCUAUGCAAUGAAGGAAUAUGGCUGGAAUCUAGACCGAGCCUAUGACUAUGUGAAGGAAAGACGAACCGUGACCAAGCCCAACCCCAGCUUCAUGAGACAACUGGAGGAGUACCAGGGGAUCUUGCUGGCAAGCAAACAACGGCAUAACAAGCUCUGGAGAUCUCAUUCAGAUAGUGACCUCUCAGACCACCACGAGCCCAUCUGCAAACCAGGGCUAGAACUCAACAAGAAGGAGAUCACCACCUCAGCUGACCAGAUUGCCGAGGUGAAGACCAUGGAGAGCCACCCACCCAUACCUCCCGUCUUUGUGGAACACGUGGUCCCACAAGAUACAAAUCAGAAAGGCCUGUGUACCAAAGAAAGAAUGAUCUGCUUGGAGUUUACUUCUAGGGAAUUUCAUGCUGGACAGAUCGAAGAUGAAUUAAACCUAAAUGACAUCAAUGGAUGCUCAUCAGGAUGUUGUCUGAAUGAAUCAAAAUUCCCUCUUGACAACUGCCAUGCAUCCAAAGCCUUAAUCCAACCUGGACAGGCCCCAGAAAUGGCCAAUGAGUUUCCAGACUUAACAGUGGAAGAUUUGGAGACAGACGCACUGAAAGCAGACAUGAACGUCCACUUACUGCCAAUGGAAGAAUUGACAUCUCGACUAAAAGACCUCCCCAUGUCCCCUGACCCUGAGUCACCGAGCCCCCAGCCCAGUUGCCAGGCUGAAGUCUCAGAUUUCAGCACAGAUCGCAUUGAUUUUUUUAGUGCCCUAGAGAAGUUUGUAGAGCUUUCCCAAGAAACCCGGUCCCAGUCUUUUUCCCACUCAAGGAUGGAGGAAUUGAGCGGAGGAAGGAGUGAAAGCUGCCGACUGUCAGUGGUAGAAGUAGCCCCUUCUGAAGUGACAGCUGAUGACCAGAGAAGCAGCUCUUUGAGUAAUACUCCCCAUGCGUCUGAAGAAUCUUCAAUAGAUGAGGAACAGUCAAAGGCAAUCUCAGAACUGGUCAGCCCAGAUAUCUUCAUGCAGUCUCACUCAGAAAAUGCAAUUUCAGUCAAAGAAAUCAUCACUGAGAUUGAGUCCAUCAGUCAAGGAGUUGGACAGAUUCAACUGAAAGGAGAUGUCCUACCCAACCCAUGCCAUACGCCAAAGAAGAACACCAUCCAUGAGCUGCCCAUCGAGAGGGCCCAGGCCCUGGAAAACAAACCUGGGAAUCUGGAGCAGAACAAAGGUUCCUGUGCAGCCCAGCCUGAACUAGCCAAAGACUCAGGGAAGUGGGACCCAGAAGGCUGCCUAACCACAUGUUCAUUCACAGCAGACUUGGAAGAAGAGGAACCAGCUGAAGGGGAACAAGAGCUCCGCAGCCCAGAGAUGCACCCAGGUGCUAAGUGGUGCCCGGGCUCAGUGAGGCGAGCCACAUUGGAGUUUGAGGAACGCUUGCGGCAAGAGCAAGAGCACCAUGGUGCUGCCCCUGUAUGUACGUCACUGUCCACUCGCAAGAAUUCCAAGAAUGAUUCUCUGGUGGCAGACCUAGCACCAAAAGGGAAAAGUGAUGAGGCCACUCUGGAACAUUCAGUUGUCCCCAAGGAAUCAGAGAUGAGCAAGGACAAAGGGGAAUGCAGUGGAUCUAAGGCUGGCUCACUGCCCCUUCCUGAGCAGAAAGCCAUUGCUCCAGCACCUGAGCUGCUGGAGUUUCACCCCUUGCCAGCUCCUCAGGAGCACCCAGUGUCAGAUGCUAGAACACAGCAGGAAGGAGUCCUGAAGGAGCAGAGGACUGUGCUUUCAUGCCAGGGGUCUGAGACUCAGGCAGUCCCUCUUUCCCUUCCCAAGAGGAUAGAAAUCAUCGAGUAUACUCACACAGUUACGUCACCUGAUCACCAUGGCCCAGAGGCUGAAGUAGCCACCACCGAAAAGGGUGGGGAGCAAGGGCUGAGGAAAGUAAAAGUGGAAAAGUCCAUCACUGUGCUCUGUGCACUGGAUGAAAAUCUGAACAGGACUGUCUGUCCCAACCAGGUUUCUGUCCACCCCCAAGUGCUACCUCUGCCACAUUCUUCCUCUCCUGAGCAUGACAGACCCACCAGCCCAACCUCCACCCUUAGCAGCCCUGAUGACAGGAGCAACAGCCCAUCAACACCCCUAGAGACAGCAGCGCCUUUUGUCAGUUGCACAACCCAUGUACCCUCUGCCAACUUGGAUUACCUGCAUCCCCAAACCGUGGUUCACCUGGAGGGCUUCACAGAGCAAAGCAGCAGCACAGACAAUGAGCCCUCCACACAGCAGGGUAGCUGGGAAGAAAGUCAGGAGGGCCCCCUCUGCAGUGGCGAUGAGCUGCCACAUAAGGGCUCCCAGUUAAGUAGCGAAGAUCUAAGCUUAAUUAGCAAACUUGAUGACAAUAUUGAGGAGUUACAAGAAAAACUGGACCCAUCACCCAUGGCCUGUCAACUCCCACAUAGUUCCAGUAGUGACAGUAUAAAGGGUCUCAGCCACAGCGCCGGUGUGGUGAAGGAACGUGCUAAAGAAAUCGAGUCCCGAGUGAUUUGCCAGGCAGGGCUCACCAACCCAUCCCAAAUAAGGCGCUCAGCUUCCCUCGUCAAGUUAGGUUACUUGGACCUCUGCAAAGACUGUUUACCGGAGAGGGAACCUAUCUUCUCAGAAUCCCCUCAUCUCAAACUUCUUCAGCCCUUCAUCAGGACGGACUCAGGCAUGCAUGCCAUGGAGGUCCAGGAGCCCCCAGAAAACCCAGGUGUCCCCCAGAACCCAGAGCCCACCAAGUAUUUUGUAGAGCAACUCAAAACAACAGAGUGUAUUGCGCAGAGCAAGCCAGUGGAAAGGCCCCUUGUGCAGUAUGCCAAAGAAUUUGGUCACGGUCAGCAGUGUUCACUCCCCAGGGCAGGACCUGAAUUGACUAGUUCUGAAGGAGGCCUUGCUUUGCUACAGACCCAGGGACUACAGUGUGCAGGCGCAGCUCCAGGACUGGCUGUGGCGCCCCGUCAGCAACAUGGCAGAACUCACCCCCUUAGGAGACUUAAAAAGGCGAAUGAUAAAAGAAGGACAACCAACCCCUUCUAUAAUACCAUGUGAUUCUGAGCCUACACAUGUGACUUUUGAAAAGAAAUGUUUGUAAAGGGGCAGGUGUAAUAUGUAAGGAACAUGCACUUUAUUGGUUAAUUUUAUAAUGUUUUGGUCAUUUUACUGUUCUUGGCGCAUGCAGGGUUUGGGUUUUGUGUGUAUGUCUGCGUGUGUGUGCAAGAGAGAAAGAGAGAUUUGGACUGCAAGACCAUUUUGUUUUUUUUUUUUUUUUUAAUUCAAACCUCAAAAAAAAAAGAAAACUCAUUUUCAAAGAACACCUUUAUCAAAGGCAAAUUGCUGUUUUUCAAUCAACUGCCACCUGCUCCUCAUUUUGCCCUCUGAGAAAAGGCAUGGUUGCUUGACUGAGGGAAGGAAGCAGAUGGGGAGGGUAGAGAUGACGUUGGAAAUUGGAAAUGCUCCCCAGGGCCAUUGUGAUGAUGGUUUGGUUCGCAGACCUGAGGCACUGGAUAAACUGAAGGGCAGCCAGACUGGCGGCAGAGCGCUCUCAGCCUCCAUCUCCAGCCCCAGCCCACUGGAGUCCUGAGGCGCACGAGUUCUGCUUAGCUUUCAAAGGGUGUCUUCCAGAAUCCAUUUCUUCUGGCAUUCCAGAGCCUAUCAUUACAAAAAUGAUAAUGGCUGCCUUUGUAAAUUUACCAAGCAAAUAGUUUUUUCCCAAGCAAAUAAUUUUUGACAUUAAAAGUGAACCCCAAAUAAAACUCAGGAGAAAGUCUUCUGUAAAGGAAAGCAUGACAGGAGGAGGAGGUAAAGUUGUGGAUGGAGAGGCCACUGCCCCGUAACUUCUGGAUUGGUGGGAUCCACACGAGUGGUCAUCCUGGCCUUCCCAGUCCUCCCAAUGAAAACGCAAUAGUGACAAGUUUGUAAAACAGCAAUUAAAACUCAGUGUGUUCUUUUAAAAUGAAUACAUCUGUAGGGUUUUAACCCUUCCAUUACUUGAAUAAUUCUGUGGGCCUUCUGAGUUUAAUGGCCAUAUUUUUUUUUCCAAUGUAUUUCCCUCCCCCUUGCUAUUUCCCCAGUGCUGCCUGUGGUUGUUUUUUUUUUUAAUUUCAUAGAUGAUAUUUUAAUUGUUACAUAUGUAUAACCUCCAUUGAAAGCAAAGUUUUCUACAUUAUCACUGUUAACACUUGACAUAAGUCUUUUUUGGGUUUUUUUUCCCAUUCUUUUCCUGGAAGGUUUGUCAUUUCUCUAAAGUUCAUACACAGUAUUUAUGUACAUAUGUGUUGUCACUUUCUUACAGUGUUUUGUUGUUGAUGUUGUAGGAUCUUUUCAAUUUAUUCUUUUUAAGAAGGAGUUAAGCUGCAACUGGAAAACACAUAAAGACACCACAGAAAUAAAACUGAUGGGUGUUGGUAGAAUCUGCACAGUAUAUUGAUGGUGGUUUUAAUUGUUUAAAUGGAGACUUCUAAUCUCCAGUUCCUGCCAAAUUAUGUGUUAGUAACUUCCUCCUCAGAGAAAGCCCUGAAGCCUCCCAUUAGAUCGGUUUGCCUGAAGGCUGAUUUCUGAGACUGAAAUCCCAGAACAUGGUUUGCUGGUAGCUGAACUGCAGCCAGGAGUGAAUAGGACUGUCACUUCUGCCCAAGCUGGACGCUCCUACUGGUGGCUGAGAGGUGGCAGGGGAGGCCUCGGCCAAGGGCAGGCACCUAGUAAUUGAGGAGGCUGUUGCUUUGCUGCUGUUGUGGGUAUCAUCAACACAAGCACCUGCCAUAAACAAGCCUGCUUCAGCUUCUUACAGAAAAUAUAUUUACCCUGGAAUGAAAUACCCUCUGAAGUUCACCAAAACGAAGGUGGUUUGCAAAUUGCUUCCUGUUUGCUUUGGUUGAUGUCCACAUUGCUGAGAGAUUGACCUGGUGGACUUCAGACUUAGGUUUUUGGCUUAUCAUAGCAUUGAAAGGAAAAGACAGAUGGAGAGACUGUCAAGUUGAUGUCAGAGGGCAGAGUUUAGUGGGGGCAAGCAGUAGGGUGACCCACAGGAGAGAGUAAGGGUGGACUGAGGCCACUCUUAGGUGCUCCAGACGAGCUAUAAGUCCAGUUGCCGUGUGAAACUCUGGUUGGGACUGACACCACUGCCAGGAGGCAGGUUGGGCAGAAACUGCCUGUUGUGUCUUUGUGGUGUAGUGAUUAUGCAUAACUGUGCUGUCCCUAAAUAGCUUUCUUAAAGAUUCAAAUGUAUCAUCUAUACAGCUUUGUGAUUCCUGGAUACUUAAUGUGUUGUGAGGUGGUUUUUUAGGUGCUAUGUACAAAUGUGAGGAGGCUUGUGAGACAGGGUUAUGAAUUUCCAGGACUCAUCCGUCUGAAGUGACCAUCUUGUUGAGGCCAUUCCACCACCAAUAUGACGGGAAAGACAGGAAGUUGGGACAGAGGCAGGGAGAGAUUUGCAUGGAGGAUAAGAAAAUGGUGUCCACUCAUGUUAACCCCUGAGAUGGUGACAUCCCACACAUUCAGAAGUAAAAGCAGUAUCAGCAUUACUAUACUGCUCUCUGCUCCCCUCCCACUGUGUGUAAUGCUCAUGCUCACUGCAUUAAGUAACAGCAGAGCUGGGGAGAAACCCUUAAUGCUGUGAAAAACAAACUUUUUGUUUAAAGAGUGGAGGAAACGGUCUUCCUAUGCCUUCCAUUUUGUUUUUAUUACAUAUUUUAUCAUUUCAUUUACCUGCCUAAAUAAACAUCCUCUACGCACAGGGUCUAUGAUUCAGCCAUGCCAAGGGGCUUUGCCAGCCCUCUCAAACUCCCACAGUUGGGUCUUAUUUUAUUUACACGACUGAGCAGUGUCCUGGAGAGGUAUAUAAUGAGGGGUCAAGGACUUCUCAGACUUUUUCUCUUCAAACUUUCUGAGAAUCUCUGGUGGCCUGUUUCCCUUUUCUGUUUGUGGAAUAUCCAGACCUGGAACAGCAGGGGUUUGGUAGAUUGACAAACUGAGGAGGAAAAGCUUUGGCGUCUUGCUCACUGCCUCUGUCUUCAUCUCAAAAACCACCAUCAUCUGACUUUCAUUUACUCUGGAGGGCUGUGUGUGUAUGUACUCACGUGCAUGCACGCUUGUGUGUGCACAUAUUCGUAAAGAGUAACAUUUUGAUGCGUGGGGAAAAAGUCCCAGGAGCACACAGGUUUUGAGCUAUAAUCUGGGAUGGUUACCUGGUCAGUGUGAAGGGAGAGAAAUCCCAAGCCUUUCUUGGUUUUGGAAACACUUAGGAAUAGUGUGUACUGUAGUGGACAUGUAGUACUGUAGUAUGGUAGUAUUCAUCUCUCUUCUUUUUGGUUGCCUUUCAGAUUCUAAAAGUUUGGGAUCAUUCCUCAUAUCUCGGCCUCUUCAGGCCCUUUAUCCAGAAUUUUCCUGGUUCUGUACCUUUAUCCCCACUGGUAUUUUCUCUUUCAUUUUUAGGACAGCCCAGGCUCUGGGGUCCUCUCCUGUUCAUGGGCCCCAGAUAGAUGCUGUCGGCUAGACCUGAAGCUUCCUACGAGAAGCUGCUUUUCUGAGACAAAGCAGCUUAUAGAAAUCACCUGUUCCAUCUGAGAGUUUCAGUUCUGAAGUGAUCUAGGCAUGUUUGGUAAAAAUGUUUUUGUGGGAGUUGUUUCUUGUUCUUCUAAGAAAGCAUUAUGCAAAAAGGAUAACUUUUAAAGGGCAUUUUAAAAUUUUUCAGUAAAGCCAUUCUUUGGCUUUCUGGACACCUAUUUGUGGAUACUUUGUUUACAUUGUGAGUAUUAAAACCUGUAUCGUCUCGUCGGCCGCUCAGCCUCCUUCCUUUUCAGGUACCCAGCCAUGGCUGUCCUGUGAGUCCUCACCGAGCCACGCCAUGGUCAGCCCUCAUGAGUAAGUGGGCAAAACCUGGAGCUGAUUUCUACCUGUGUCCUGCACCCCCAUCCAAUACUCUGUGUGGAAAAUAGUUGCUGUUUCCUCAGUGAUGGUGUGUCUUACAGUGAAGGUUGUGAUGGUGAAUGGCUAGUGUCAUUUUUGUUUAAUUUUGUUUUGCUUUUUGAUGGUAGACAAGAUGAAAUUUUAGCUGUUGCAUCACCAAUCCAACUUAAAAGCAUCUUGGACUUUGUUUUCCCUUCCAAACUAAAAGUAAGAUGAAGGCACGUAUUAGGUAUAAGCGUGAUUUGCUGCCUCAACUCAUAUGACACCCAUAUCAGGAAAAGGCCUGCUAUGAAAGCAGGUGGCUGCACGCUCCUAACCCUUUUCCCAGGGCUUGGGGUCCCUUGAUGCCAUGGAGAGCUAUUGCAAGGUGCCUCUGUACUUUUCCAGCCUGGCAGUGGAGGGUGACUGGGCCUGGCUCCUGCUGUGAAAAGAGACCAGCCUCAUUUUCUCAGUGCCCCAGAGAUCUAGGACAGGAUUUCUAAACUGGAAUCACCCCUCAUCAGCUUGAAGAGCCCCCAAGAGGUCUAUGACCGGUGCUGCCGUCUGUGUCCCCACAGCGAUGGUGACGCAGCCUGUGUACACGUGCAGAGCUGAUGACCCAAUCAGAAAAGUGGGUAACUGGUCCUGAAAUGUUUUCCAAUCAACAAGCCCACAGGGGAUUGCUUGGUUUUUAUUUUUUGUUGGGUUUUGGUUUGCUUGGCAUAGCUUAAGGUGCCUUUCCUUUGUUUCUUUCUACUUUAUUUUUUAGGACUUUUUCAGAAUAUGGAAAACAAGUCCAGAAGACUCUCUCACUGACUGUUACCUUUGCCCCAGGCCACCCCAAACUUUUAUGCUCAUGUUUUAUUAAAUAAAGCAGGUGCUCCCUGGAAUCUCUGGGACCUUUUUGAGGCAUUUGAAACAGAAUAUAAAGAGUGGGCUCAUCUCCUUCCUUAAUCUUCCUGGUGGUUGGGAUGUUCCACUUGUACCAUAGAUUUUUUUAUUACUGAUGUGCUCCGCUGUUUUUAAAUGUGAACUUGUGCGCAAAUGUGCAGAUUCAAUGUUCUUGUUACAGAUUGAAUAAAUUUUUAUUUUGAAGAUGAAA